GGAAUAGGGUACACCUUCACUUCACCAUUGAAUAGAGAGAAGAACAGAAUCAGCAUCACAAACAAAGAGAAAGAAAACCCUAACUCGCGUUACAGAGAAAGCUCAUCAUCAUCAUCAACCAUGGCACUCGCUUCUCGCCUCGCAUCCAAAUCCAAAUUGCUGUAUGGUAGUCAAAUUCUUUUGCAAAGGGAGUUUGCUGUUCCGGUUCGUCACUUUGCUAAAGGGUCCGAAGGGUCCGACCUUCCUGCCCUUAAGGGAGAUGAGAUGCUGAAGAAGAUUUAUUUGGAAGUGAAGAACAAAUUUGAGACUUCCAUCGGAAUAUUAAGGAAGGAGAAGAUCACCAUAGCUCCAGAGGAUCCAGCUGCUGUUUCUCAAUAUGCGAAGGUCAUGAAAACAAUCAGAGAGAAGGCAAACUUGCUGUCAGUGGCUCAAGAUGUCAAGGCUGACAUUGAUAUAGAGACACAAGAUAUUCCUGAUGCUCGGACUUAUCUUUUAACCUUGAAGGAAAUAAGAACCAAGAGAGGUCUUACUGAUGAUCUUGGAGCAGAGGCUUUAAUGUUUGAUGCAUUGGAGAAAAUUGAAAAGGAUUUAAAGAAACCCCUAUUGAGAAAUGAUAAGAAAGGAAUGGACCUUCUUUUGGCAGAGUUUGAUAAGAUUAAUAACAAACUUGGAAUUCGAAAAGAAGAAUUGCCAAAGCACGAAGAGCAGCUGGAGCUUAAAAUAGCCAAAGCACAGCUGGAGGAGUUGAAAAAGGAUGCUGUUGAGGCAAUGGAAACUCAGAAGAAAAGGGAGGAAUUCAAGGAUGAGCCUGCGGCGGUUGACGUCAAAACUUUGGACAUCCGGAACUUCCUUUAAAAUGUCUUCAACGUAUUUCUAUACAUUAUAAAAUAUUGCAUUUGGAUAAUGGUGAGACCAUGUUUCUUCAAUAAGUAGACACCAAUGAAGCCAGUUUGAAGAUUCUUGAGUUUUCAAGUUCUUUUUUAUUCCAAAUUCUCGUGAAAUCUGGAAGUUGAAGUAAUCAAAUGUUCUGAGUUUUAUUUUUUGUCAAGUUGUUUUUCCCGGAUUAUUCUUAUUAAUGUGAUGGAUGUUCCCAAUUUUGAUUGCAUCCAUCUAUUCUUCGAUAUAGGCAUCCGUCAUUUGAGUAUUUUAAAUAAUAAAGUAUUUGAAUUCA